AUGGCUUCCGGAAACAAAGCCACCAGCCACGGCCAAAAGGUCGAUCUCGGCCAGAACGCUCCUGUGACCCAAGAAGGUCCCGGAGCCGUGGCUUCCGACUCACUCGCAGCCGAGUCGAGCACCUUCAAAAAGGACAACGAGAUAUCCACCUCUGAGAUCGCAUCCCGCCACAGCGAGCAGCACAAAUCGACAUCCAGACCACACGAGGGUAGCCACCACAUCUCAGGCGGUAGCACGCACGCCGGCACCGCACCCUCAUACGUGGACAGCCAGUAUACGCAAGCUUCCGGAGGUCCGCACGGCAAGAACCUGAAGGAAGACAAGAGUCUUGGUACCGGAAGCAAUGCCAGCUUCACAGAGAUCGGAUCCAAGGACGAUCCCGCACGAUUGGCGGAGGCGAAGCUUGUUGCCCAGACUGCGUCGAGCAACGCAGGCGGCGUGGGACGGGAGACGGCUAUUGAUCGCGACAACCAAUACGACACGCUAAAGACAGAGACAUCUGCCUAA